AUAAAAAAAGUUAUGCAAGAGUGGUGGAGUUGAAGCGAAGAACAAAAUUUCAACCGGGAACCGCCUUACCUCGAUUGUCAGCACAUCACCUUCAGUUUCUCCACUAUUUCAUUCCGAAUCCAAUCUGAUUGCACCAAUAAAUCCCAAUCUUAAAUCUCACCUUAGAUGAAGCCAAUUAGGCUUCCGGAGCCGCCAGGAAGCCCGAAGCCGAUGGGCGGAGUGCCAGACAUAUUCGAUGGCGGCGUUUACGGCGUCGUCCGCCGCGCGGUCGUAAUCGGGAACGGUUUUCCGGCGUCGGAGAACCAGAGCAUGGGAUUGGUUCGAGCACUUGGCUUAAGUGAUAAGCAGACGCGCUAUCGUGUUAUGAGACCAACAGGAGGAAUCAAUGAGUGGCUUCACUGGCUUCCAGUUUCUAUCCAUAAGAAAUUGUACUUUGUCAUUAGCCGGAUAUAUUGGUAUUCAAAUUUUUUAAUUACCAGAAGAGGGAGGAAAUUGGCACAUUUUCCUGCUGGGAAUGGCGCUGGUGUGGGCCUGUCAUCAGUGUUGGAUGCUGAUGUAAAAAAUAUUGUCAAAAUGGCUAAGGAGACUUUUGAGAAGGAUGGCCCACUUCUUGUGGUUGCAUCUGGCAGAGAUACAAUUUCAAUUGCGAGCUCUAUAAAAAGAUUGGCAUCUGACAACGUGUUUGUUGUCCAGGUUCAGCAUCCACGGUCCCAUUUGGACAGAUUUGAUAUGGUGAUAACCCCAAAACAUGAUUAUUACUCAUUGACCCCACAGGCACAGGAACAGGUUCCUCGCUUUCUUCGGAAAUGGAUAACACCGCAUGACCCUCCUGCUGAUCAUGUCGUCCUCACAGUAGGAGCACUUCAUCAAAUAGAUUCUGCUGUACUUCGUAGUGAAGCUAAUGCCUGGCACCAUGAGUUUGCACCUCUGCCUAAGCCAUUGCUUGUAGUCAACUUCGGAGGUCCCACAAGGUACUGCAGAUAUAGCACAGACCUUGCAAAACAGCUGAUAUCAUCCCUUCACAAUGUUCUCACAAGCUGUGGAAGUGUCAGGAUAUCUUUCUCAAGGCGGACACCUGAAAAGGUUUCUAAGUUAGUAAGAAAAGAACUUGGAACUCAUCCUAAGAUCUACAUAUGGGAUGGUGAAGGACCUAAUCCACAUUUGGGACAUCUUGCUUGGGCUGAUUCUUUUAUUAUCACGGCUGAUUCAGUUAGCAUGUUGAGCGAGGCUUGCAGCACCGGGAAGCCUGUUUAUGUUGUUGGAGCUGAACGAUGCACUUGGAAACUAGUGGAAUUCCAUAAGAAGCUAAGGGAAAGAGGCCUGGUCAGACCAUUUACAGGUUUUGAGGAUAUGUCAGAAACCUGGGGUUACCCUCCUCUGAACGAUACUGCUGAGGCAGCAAGCCGGGUGCAUAAAGCACUUGCUGAGCGAGGAUGGAGAAUACAACCAUAAAACCACUUAUAUACUGUUGCAACAUAAAUCAUCUCCUCAAUUUUUUUUCUCCAGUAACAUUCCCUUCCAUAGAGAAAGAUCCACAGAUAUGUACAGUAUGUUUUAUGUUUGUUGAGGUCGAGUAGCAGUUACAAUAAUUUUACCAUCUAUUGGGUUUUAAUACAUGUAAAAUAAUCAUUACCUUUAUUCAUGCGGCCUGUAAAUUUUGAUGCCUUGAGUAGGCUGUAAAAAUGAACAAAUUGCAGAGUCAAGUAAAGAUUAUCUUUGUGAAGGCCUUUGUAA